CAACUAAACGCAUCCUUCCUCUUCCUUGACUAAAUAGUGAGCGGAUACGCGCGCGCACUAAGCUGCAAACCAUCACCUUCUCAACUUUUUCUUUCCUUAUUUUUGUCUGAGAGAUGGCGCAAAAAAACCCCACAAGGAUUUUGAAAAAACUCUUGAACCACCUUUCUGUGGAUAACUUCAAGGAGUUUUGCGACGCGCUCCUGGACCGCAGGGAGGAACCGUGCGUCCCUCGCGUAAAGGUGGAGGGGAAAAGCCGCCUGGAGAUCGGUAAUGUGAUGAUAAACACUUUCACGGAGCAGGGAGCUCUGAAGGUGGCAGAGGAAAUCCUCAGAGAGAUCGGCUGCUCCCAGGCUGCGGACAAACUCGCUAAAGAGGCAGGACCAGCAGGACCAGCAAGACCAGCAAGACCAGCAGGACCAGCAGGACCAGCAGGACAAGUGGGUGCACCCAUGAAGCAUUUUGUGGACGAAGACAUGAAGGACUUCCUCCAGAGAGUGUCCAAUCACGGCCGCAGUAUGGAUGAGCAGUUCCUCGAAAUCCUCCGGGAACAGGAGCCAUAUCUUCUAGCUGACCUUAAAAUAAAAUAGUUUGUGGUGAAAUCAAAAAAUAGAAAACAACCAAGAAAAUGUUUUCUUUGCAGUGGACUAUAGGAAAGUGUUUUUGUAAUCUGUAAUAUUUUAAACCUAAAUUUGCUGGAAUUGGAAAGGUUUGAAAUCCCAGCCCUGAUCACUGAGCCUCAUAAAAACACCUCAUUUUAUAAAAGAAAAAUACAUGUGUUAUGUCGUUUUUUUU